AUGGUUGAGUCAAAAUCAAGAAAAAGAAAGAAAACAAGCUCUGAGAAAGAACCGUCUGCAAACAACAUGAAGCAAGAACGGCUCAAAAAUUCUAAAUCUGAAGAAAAAAAGAGUUUACUAAUGAGAGCAGCUGGUUUACUCUUUGCAGUUGGUGCAGGCAUGUGUGUUGCCAUGUCUAGUGUGUUUGUAAAAAAAUUAUCAAAUGAUUUAUCUUCUUUAGAAAUAGCUGUAUGGAGGGGUAUUGGCAAUACCAUUCUAGUCUUUAGUUACCUGGUUGUGACGCAAGAUAGUGGUAUUUUCUCUGGUUUCAAUCGUAACACCUUUUCAUUGGUACUAACGAGAAGUGUUAUGUUCAGCAUCGCUAUUGUCUUGGCAUUCACAGUUAGUCAAAAUCUACCGCUAGGUGAUGCAUCAGCCUUGAUGAGUACAUCCACCAUCAUCACUGGAUUCCUUGGUAUUUUCAUCUUAGAUGAGAAAUGGAAACUACGAGACAUGUUACUCAGUAUACUCUGCUGGUGUGGUGUGGUUUUGAUCUCAAGACCAUCAUUUCUUCUUAAUCUCCUUGAGGACACUCCAGUCGUUGCUGAUGACAGUCGACAUAGAUUAACUUACAUAGGUUUUGCUAUAGCCUGUGCAACUCUCACUUCAAUGUCACAUAUACUGGUUCGUAAAGUUGGACAUCGAUUGGACGUUGCAAAGAUAACAUUAUUUGCUGAAGCAGUUGGUUUCAUUUGUUCAUUUCUCACACUGAUAUGGCAAGAAGGAGAAAUCCGGAUACCACCAGAAAAUAGUUGGAAAUAUUUACUUCCAAUUUGUGUAGCAA